AUGUCUCGCCCAGGUUCUACCGUGCCGGCGAGGCCUUUGACUCUCACCGAAGAGCUCGAGAAGCUCGAGCAAUCCAUCACUCUUACCCUUCAAGAAAUCGACCACAACUUUAGCAGAGCGCACCGCAUUGUUACCGGCAGCAUCUUGCCUCUUGUAGAACAGUAUGGCGAACACUCUCGGAAUGUGUGGGAGGCGACCAAGUUCUGGAAACAAUUCUUCGAGGCCUCUGCCAACGUCUCGCUGUCUGGAUAUGAAGAGCUGGCCAACAACGAGCCCGAGGAGAGCACCGAGAUCGAACAGACAGUAGACGAAAGUACUGCCCAGUACAGCACUCCCCGUAACCAGCAACAACACCACAACGAAGGCGUCAGCCAUAUGGAGGCGAAUCAAUCCUCGGUAGUGUACCCCAGCGGCAGCCGACAACAACAGCAACAGCAGCAGCAGCAGCACCAGCAGCACCAGCAAGACGAAUCAAUGUUUGACAACAGCGACGAAGACGUCUCGGGCAGCACCCCCCGCCCUACCAUAGGGAAAACCAUACCCUCCCGCUCCCAAAUGGCGACGCUCUCCUCCCCCUACGAGAACCUCAGGCGGGACUAUUCGCAAAAACCCAACACGCCAGGCUACGAGCCCACCCCAAAGCAAGAAGAAGAAGACAACACCUCCCUCCUCAUCCAAGAAUUCACUACCCGCCUCCCAGACAUGUCCAUGCACCCCCGUCACUCCCCUCCCGAGCAAUCCCACACGGCAACACAAUUCCUCGAUUCCGACGACGAUUUGGCGUUCUUGAAACCAGGCAACAAGAAAAAUACCGACCCGGUCCUCCACCAUUUGAAGGACAAAAACUUCCGCGUCAUGGCCACCCCUCACAAAGGCCACACGGGAGUUACGCCUCUCAAAUGGAAAAUAACCUCCAACCAACCCCUCUUCACCACCCCCGGCAAAGGCAAGUCCGGUGCUGAUCCAACAAUCACCUCCCGCCCUAUCUGGGCCGAUUCUCCGGGCGACAGCCCAGAGAUUGCGCUGCCACAACUGCGCUCAGCGGCGUUUAUGUCGCCUACCAAGGCGGCGUAUCGGUCUGCGGCGCUUAAACAGAGUGUUAACGCCCCUAGGACGCCAGGGGUGAGCGUGCAGACACCGGCGGCAAAGGGGGGGAAGACGAGGGAUGUGUACAAUGAGGAUAAGUAUGCGAACGCGACGGGGGAUGAGCUAGGGUGGAGCGAGGAUGAUGAUGAGGAUGAACGGGAGCUGAGCGAGAUGGGGAUGAGCCCGCCGAAGACGAUUCAGUUUGCGCUGCCGCCUGGGAGGUUGAUGCAGACGCCUGCGAGGGAGGCGAGCAGGAGGAUUGUGGAGGGGUUGCUGAUGAGGGCUGGAGAGGGGGAUAUGACGUUGGAUUUUACGGGGGUUGUGCCUGGUUUUGGGGGAGAGCAACAAGAACAACAAGGGGGGAAUGGGGGGCAGAGGGGGAUGGAGUAUAGUCCUACGUUGGUGAAGAUGAGUUUGGAGAUGCAGGAUGAUACUUUUUAGGGUGUAAAGGGGGGGGGGGGUGGGGGCGGGUGGCAGGUGUUCAUACAGCGGAGGGUCGAGAUGGGGGGUAAAAUAAGGGUCUGGAUGUGGGAUAUGGUAUGUGGUAUGUGGUAUGUGGGUGUAUAUACGUCGUGUUUUGCUGUAUGAAAAAACUGAAGAGUGUAUGUUGAGCCCAAUUCUGUGCAUCUAUGCUCCUCUUUUGUUUCCCUUGCCAUUACCCUACCCAUCCUUCUCAUGGUUGGUGUAUCCCACCUCCUGUCCAGCUAACCACCUCCCCUUUAGUCAGAGGCAGCUAGCAGAUUGACCCUAAACCUUCGAUUAUCCUCACCGUUAAGGGAGUCAAAACCCCAUGUUGAUCUGGUUCUUCAUCACUUGGCUUUUGCUUGCUGGCUUCCCGCCUGAUGAGGAGCUCUUGGAGGACUUGGCUUGGGACUUGAGAUAGGAGAUGUCGGUGGUUGUGCUGGCUAUGGAGGCUGUGUCAUCGAAGGAGGAGGACUGUUGUGACUGGGACUGCUGCUGCUUGGCUUGAGUGUGGGCGGCUUUUUGGUCGGCCAUGAUUUGGGUGGCG